UCGGUUGUUGUUUCUUAUUUUAAAAAAUUACUCAAAUCAAAUAAUAUUUUUUUAAACAAUUAUUUUAUUAGAAAUGGAUUGAUUUUUUUUUCCUUAAAUUAAUACAUUGUAAAUAUAAAAUGUUAAAUUUAAUUUAUUAGUAAAGAGAUUAAAUUAAAAAAUAACUUUCAGUAGUUGUGUUAAUAUUUGUAAAAACAAUUCCUUGUACUGCUGGUGUUAUGGCUUAAAAAGGAAUUUUAUUUAUUUAUUUAUUAUUAUGUACAGAGAAAGCUAUAGUGAAAUAUCAAAGAUAAUGUAUACACCUCAUUCAUCAGCGAGACAAAAAAUUAGACAACAAUUUAAUUUAAUACCUUUAGCUGCAAUUGACACUGAUGAAAAUGAUGAACGCUCCAAUGUUUUGCAAGAUCUUAUCAAGAAGACCUGGUAUAUGUGGAGUGUAUCAACAUUAUUUAAUUUCACGUGGGAUAAUGAACGAGUUUUGAAAUUAUAUGCUAAAAGAUUGAGAGAGGAAAUAGCAUCAAUUUUACCUCAUCAUGACGUUGCAUAUGAAGCUAAAGUUACAGCUGAGGAGAAUAAUACGACAAAGUCUAAUGAAACUGAUCCGCCGGCAAUAAAAAUUGAACUCUUCGCAAGAAAAUUAACUGAGGAAGUACCGAAUUGCAUUUAUACUGGUCUCAUAACAUCCUGGGGGUCUACUAUUAAUGAUUCAGAGAAUGAAAAAUCAGCUAAUCUACCACUUCUGUUGUGUCGCGGCAACAAAACUGCGAUAAGAGCAGUUAAUAAAACUUUGAAUGUUAUGUUUGAUUGUACAAUUAUUCCACUCUUAGCAACAGAAGAAGAUUUGCAGUGGCUUUUACCUGCAAUAUUACAACAUAAUAAAAACAACCCUACAAAAGGACAAGUUAAACUAGAAUAUAAACUUCUGAAUACUUUAAUUACAGACAGUAUUGGCUUUACGUGUGAUGUAUCAACUCUCAGUGAUUUAUGGAAUGCAAUUUGCGAUUCUUCAGAUGAUAAUGAUAAUGAUUCAGAAGUUUUAUUAAAACCAGUUCAACUAUUUCAUGAAGUAUUAUUAAGACAAACUUUAGUUGGUGCUGGGUUACAACUCGGUCUUUCCAAAUUAUUUAGGAUGACUUUCCCAACUUUUAAAAUAAUGGAUAAUAAAAUUUAUGCCAAGACAACAGAUGAUCUUCAUAAAAUUUUAUUGUAUUUCAAUGAAAAAGCUUUUCAAAUAUUAUACACAAAUUUGGAUUCAGUAACAAAUUCCAGUUCUGAAUUAACGUAAAGAUUAAAGUAAAAACUUUUGAAAACUAAGUAACACAAUUUUUGCAAGUGAAUAAAUGUGUGUAAAGUUUGAUUUCAUUUUAUAAAAUAUUAGUUUUGAAAAUUAUAAAUUAUUUAAAUAAAUUAGUUUAAAUAUUUUUAUUUACAUCAAUUUUCGUCACAAGCAUUAACAUUCAUCACAUCCAUCUGUAAGAAAAAAAAAUUAAUAACAUUUUUUAAUCAAACAGUUAUAAUAAUCAUCUUACCGGAAAUUCUUUCAAGCCAUCUGAAUUUUUUUUCCUACAAUUUUUAAAAAGAAUGUACUGCCUAAAAUCAAUAUAUCCAUCUGGUUUUGUAUCUAGUUCCAAUGGAACCGAAAUACCCAACACUUCAGACAUCAUAAAUGGUUUCAGCCAAGUUACAAGCGGUGAGCGCCCAUUCAUAUAAAAUCCUUCUCGAUGGUAAAAUAAAAAUCCAUCUAAUGGAAGACUAGGUGACAAAUUUUGUAAAAAAUUUGUUAAAUUUCCAUUACAAAAAAUAUUUGGUAAUGAUAAAAUUGGAUAUUGAUUUAAUUCACUUUGUGUACUCAAUUCUACAGUCUCUUCGAGUUUAGAAUUUAGCCAAAAAUGACGAAAUUCAGCCUAAAAAACAUUAACAAUUAAAUAAUUAUAAGAUAACUUAUCGGUAAAUGAAUUACUAAAAAUCGCAACGUACAUCACAAUCAAGAAAUGUUUGAUUGGACCAACUUAAAACAUCAAGAACAUAAUAUGAUUGUUCUUUUCUAACCCAUAUACAAUCUAAAACAGUACAAUUCCUAUUAUGUUCUCCAUAAUUUCCUCCUGGUAAAACUGAAUUAAAUUCAAUAAUUUUAUUACCCCGUCUUGUAAAUACUUGAGUUUUACCCUGUAAUUUUUAAAUUACAAUUAAAAUUUAAACGUUAUUAUAAUUUUAAAAAUUAUUAUUAAGUAAUAAUAGUAGGGAUGUACAUCUAAACCGGCUUAAUCGGUUGAAAAAGGUAACCAGGUUAAUUAGCUGGCUAGCUCUUUAGCUCAGCCGAUUCAACAGGUUAACUUAAUUAGCUUAGCUAAGAGCCGAAACGGUUAAUUUAAUUUUUUAUUAAUUUACCAUCAAAUAAUAAGAGACAAGUACUUAGAGAUAAUAAAAUUUUAAGCUGAAGACGCAAAUGUAAUACAGAUACAUAAAACGAUUUUAAAAUAAAAUAAUUACAAUUUAUAAGAUUUUUGAGUUAAAAUUAUAGAUUUGUUUAUAAUUUUAACCCAGCGAAUCAGUAAGUCUUUCAGUGAUAUCUCUGUUUGUCGACAGCAGGGUAAUAUUAUUUCUGCUAAAAAAACUGUUUGUUGUCAGAAAAUGCUAAUCUACUAAUAUUUUUCUAUCAAAAUAAAAGUUAUAAACAAAACUCUACUUUUAACUCAACAAUCUGAUAAAUUGUAAUUAUUCCAUUUUAAAAUUGUUUUAUGUAUUUAACCAUGUUUGAUUCAUCUUUAAUAUUAAGCAGGACGAUCACAUCCCCGGUGGAAAAUUUUUGGAAUUUUCUCUGAAAAACUCAGUUCUAAAGUUCUAAAGACUUUUUCAGAGUUUUUCAGAGAAAAGUCCGAAAAAUUUCCACCAGGGAUCACUCCUUAUCGUCGUAAGUUAAAUUGGCUUACUAUGAAAUCACACAGACACUAUCUUCUGGCAUGUUAUCUGUUUAAAAUAUUGGAGACUGGUAAACCGAAAAUUCUGCGAGAUAUGUUUAAAGAUGAGGAUGCUGAGGUCAGACGGUCUGACAAACUUGCAGCCAAAAGCAACAAUGUUGCCUUUAAAAUACCAAAUUUUAGUACUACCACCUUUGAGCAUUCGUUUGUUGUGUCUGCAAUUCAGUUAUGGCAGGAGCUGCAAUCAGAUGUAAUAAACACCUAUUCUUUCAAAAAGUUUUAAAAACAAAGCAUUUGAAUUAUUUUUAAAUGUAGAAAUUGAUAGUAUCUAUCAGCUUGUUAAAUCCCACUAAUAUUAAUUAUAUAUUCAGUUUAUACUUUAUAUAGUACUUUACGUGACAAUGUAUAUAAAUUUUAUAUUUAUGCCAUCUGGCUUUAAGCUGUGGCAUAUAAAUUCAAUAAAUAAAUAAAUUAUAUUACAAUUGCUUCUUCAGCUUUAAAUUUUAUCAUCUCGACUUGUCUUCUAACACUGAAUGGCAAAUUAAUAAAAAAUUCAAUUAACCGUUUUAACCCUUAGCUAAUUAGCUAAUUUAUUUUGAGUUAACCCGUUAAACCAGCUAAGCUGAUGAGCAAGCCAGCUAAUUAACCUGGUUAACUUUUUUAACCGGUUUAGAUGUACAGCCUAAAAUAAUACAUACUUUACAAGCAACAAUCAAAGCACGUCGUCCUUUUGGACAAGGUAACAUGAACCAUUUAUCAAUAAAAUCUUCAGGUACAUCAAUCAUCCAUUCUGACAACAUCAAUGUAUUAAUAUAAAGUUUAUUUUUCUUUGAUCUACUUUUAUUAUCAAUUACCAUUGACUCUUCAUGCUCAUCUUCUGAUAAUAAAACGUCUUCUAGUAUUGCACGAGCUGAAUUUACAAUAGCGUUUCUGCUUCUAAAAUAAUAAUUAAGAAAUAUUAACUCACGUAUUAACUGUAAGGUCUAUUUUAUUUUCAGCUAAUUAAAUACUUUAAGUAAACGAUGUUCAAUUAGUUUUAAUUGAGAGUUUAAUUAUCAGUUAAAAUUUUUAUAAAUUUUUAAUUAAAGUUCUAUUUAUAAAUACAUACUAAUUUAUUUGAUAUCUUAAUUUUACAUCGAUUAUGUUAUUAAUUUUUUUUUAUAAUUAAACUUAUAUUUAAAAUCUUACUCUUUCUGGCGUUUUAAUAAAUCCUGUCGUCUAAUUUCUUGAGGCGAAUCAUCAUAAUCAACGUCUAAAUUAUAAUUAUUUUUUUUAAUUGGUUUUUUGUAAAAUACUGAACGGAUAUUUUUUACAUUAUUAUCAUCUAAUAAUUCAACUGUAACUGGUUCAAUCAUUUUAAUAAUUAAAUGUAAUAUUUCAUAAAUAGUCUAGUUGUGACCAAGUGUUUAUACAUUAAAUGUAUCAGAGGUUAGAUGUGCUCGGCUGAAAAAAAAAUAAAUAAAUAAUGCAACUAAAAUAUUUUUGUGCGUGAAAUAUUACUUCAUAAAACUCGUUAUUCAAAUUUAAAAAAAAAAUAUAAUAAAAGUUACUCACCUCAAGCGCAAAGUAUCAAUUGUACUUUAAUCUUGCUCAAAAAUUUUUACCGGUAAAUUCACUUAUUCGAAUUAAAGAUAUAAGCUUGGGUUGUUUUUAUAAAUAUAUAUAUACUACAAUUCUUAAGACGAAAUAAAUUAAUACUGAUACACUUUUAAAUUAAAUGACUGAGAAAUUCAUAUGAAAACAUCAAAUUUUAUUGAUAAUUUUGAUUGUAUUCGUAAUUUUUUAUUGGUCACAAUAUUUUCGAAAGUAAGUACACUGUGAAUAUUGACUUCCGCCAAUUUGCAUUAGCUUUAAAUGAUUUUAAAAUAAAACUAUUUCAAGUAUUCAUUUUAAAAUGUUUCUUUGAUUAAUUAUAAUAAUAAAUGUAGAAAAACGUUUAUUAGUUUAACCAGGUUAAUUGUUACUUUAAAGUCUAUUAGAUCUUGUGACGACAAGUUCAACGCAAGCGCACCGCCAUGUUUUGAAGAUGGCAAUUCAAAAGUUUUGGACACUUUUCAUACAAUUUGCUGAGAAAACACAUACACAUACACUGCUCAUAGACGUAUAAACGCACUGAUAUGAAAUGAACAGCCCUGAUUAUAAGAAAUCUAAUUUGAAAUUAUGUGAAAAUCUAAAUUACUUUAUAUUGUAUCAUAUCAUAAAAUUAUAAUUUGAAAUAAUUCAAAAUAAUUAUGUAAUUAUUUUCUCCCAAGUAGCACAGAGACAACUUUAAGAUGUCUUUUGAAAGGAUAAUAUAAAAUUUUUUUUGUCUCAUAGUCACUUUUUUGUGUAUGAAUAAGACAUGCAAAUGUUGGUUCCGAAGACAAAGGAAAUUUGUGUUGUUUUUCUUGUCUUAUGGCAAUUAAAAAGUUGUUUAGGUGACUUAUUUUACCACUAUUUGUAAUUUACUUUUUGUCGUCACUUGUGUCAAGUCUUAAAGAGUAAAAUAGUUAACAAUAAUUUACCAAAUACUUGUAAAUCGUAAAAUAAUUUGUGGACACAUUUUAAAAAUUAAUUAUAUGCCAUUGCGUCUUUUACAAAUUAUUUUAUCAAAAUUUUUCAAGUGUCCAAAGCUGACCAUCAAGUUACCAAGAACGGUACCUUUACCUUAUUCCUACUUUUUUUUUCACACUUAACAAAGCAAAUGAAUAAAACAUGUUGACUGGAUCAAUUUUUAUUAAAAAUUCAUAACUGAACGUACAUGAAUCAAUUGCUAUUAUUAUGAUCAUAAUAAAUAUAUAAAUGAAAGUUUAUUAAUAUAAAAGUAACGAAGGGUAAAUAAAAAUGAAAAGUUUAAUUAAUCUUAUUUGGUAUAUUAAAUUAAAUUGAUUUUUAAAAAUACACCCAUGGUUU